AUGGGAUCGACAUUAACAACCGGUAUGGUGAAACCAGAGCAGGGUACGAGAUUGAGAAGUUGUUCAGCUACUUUCUAAACGAGGGCAAGAAAGCUCAAGUCCUUUCUCGAUGCCAGAACCGAACGAAUUCUUUCUCUUCAUCGAAUUGUAACCUUCUUUUGAGUACUUUCUCAACACAUCCAUUCACUCCAUUGUACAGUGAUUUGCAAACUCGUUUCUCGCGAUCAAAAGCCAAUUUUUCAAGUUCAAUGCAGUGAAACAACAUUUCGUAAGGUGGGGCGACCCUUCAAAGCUUCAAAAAUCUAAAAUAUUAUUCGCUUCAAAUAGCUCUGUAAUCAGAUACAAGAUUUUAAAGAUUAUAAAGAUUUUAAUCAUAUUAUUCUCAUUAAUUAUAUUAUUUAUCGUAUUUUAAUUAUAUUGGUUGCAUUAAUCAUAUUUUUGUAGAAAAAUGUGAAAGUAAUUUUUAUAUUUGUACAUAUAUAGGGUGUCUUACUUACGUAGAUAUCGAAUUAUAGUUUAGAAGAGAUAUUUUAAAUAUAAAUUUGUCCUUGGUAUAAAAGCAUCGUCAGGUAGUGUCAUUGACUUUCGUUAAAAUUCAAAAGUAUCUGAGAAUCGCUGGUUUAUACGUGGACUGACUUGUAAUCAGUUCCUCGAGUUGAUUAUGAAACCAGCUACCUGAUCGAACUAUCUAAAUCAAAUUCUAGAUACAAUGUUCAUGGUUAUUCACGUCAUAAGUUUUUAUCGGCGAUAAUUACUUUCCAUGAAUAAUACUAGCAAGCUUGUAAAUACGAUAAUUGUAGUUUCGAAGCAUAUAUAAAAACACUUAGACGUGAGAUCGUGACAUUGGAAAUUCCACAGUUUAUUUCGAUAUUAGAGAUUUAUCAUUUUUAAGAACAAGAACUAAUGCAAGUUUAAAUUUUGCAAUUUUGAAAUUUUAUUUUUAUAUUUAUUUUUUUCAACACUCUGGUUUUAUAAUAUUGUUCAUUAUGAAUUUUUUACCUUAAAGCUCUGUGAUAUUUGUUAUUAUACAAUCUUUAAUCUUAAUAUUUUAUUGUUAUAAUAUUCAUUAUUACGAAACUUCUAAUCUCAAACCUUUUUUAUAAUAUUCGUUAUUUAAAAAAUUUCUAAUCUCAGUAUUCUAUUUGUAUAAUAUUUAAUUUAUUUGUAUAAUAUUUCUAAUCUCAGUAUUCUAUUUGUAUAAUAUCUAUGGUCAUAAAAUUUCUAAUCUCAGUGCUCUAUUUCUAUAUUCAUUAUAUAUUAUUCAUUAUCAUAAAUUUUCAACUUCAAAGCUGCAUCUUUAUAUUCACAUUCGAAAUAUUUAUUUAUUUAUUUAUUUAUUUCAGGUCGUUCACGAACCUUACUCUACACGAAGCAGUUGAUGGACGAGGAACUGCAGCAAUACAGUGAGGAGUUGCUGCAGGAAGUCGAGGGCCUUCUGGAUCACGAUUACAGCCCAACAAUUCAGCCACCCCUCUACAAACGUCCUCGCAUGGACACGGAAUCACCGCCAAAGUGCGUCUCGUCUUCCGAUCACAUCGGAGGGACGCUCUGCGGAAGACAGGAAGUCACGAUGAAACCGAGCAGGAAGUACAUUGAACCUCCGUUGGACGACGUUUGGCCUCCACCGAAUCCAGGCGGGCAAAAGAGCGCCAAGGUGGUGGACAAGCUCGAGGUAUUGACUAACGAGCUGAAGAUUAACAUCUCUGAUUCAGAAGGCACGAGAACUGUCCUCCUAAAAGUGCCUCAAGAACAGUAG